CAAAACUCACAGCAAAAAAAUUGCUCAUUUGCCAAAACAUCAUCCAAUCGGGAACCUAACCCAAAAUUGAAUUUAUUUACAGUGCAACUCAUGUUGUGAAAUUACUGCUAUCUAAUCUUCGGAUUACUCAGAAAGCAGACCCAGGUGAUCUCUCGAACGCGAAAUGAUUAGUGAUAUGAGUAUGAUAACAUUGAUACUGAUAAGUGCAAUAUAAUUCAGUUGUCGAAGCUGCGCGGGCGUUGUUCGCGAGUUGUCAACAUGUGGCGGAUUUUAGCGCUUUUGGUCGUCGGCUGUUGUUCGUCGACGUCGGCAGUAGAGCACAAGGUGACGAUAGUCAAGCUGCCCGAGAAUGUGACAGAUGCGGGGACGCGCAUCAUCGGGGGCUCCCCGGCUCCCAUCAGCCGGUACCCCUACACUGUGCAGGUGCUGAACAGCAACCAGCUGUCGUGCGGCGGCUCGCUCAUCACGCGCCGCCACGUGCUGUCCGCCGCGCACUGCUUCGUCGACAGCCGGAACGUGUUGCUUAGUAGCAGUCUCUUCACUUGCCGGGUCGGCUCCGCUACGCUCAAGACCGGCGGCUCCGUGCACCGAGUAUCCCGUAUCAUCAACCACGAGCGCUAUAACCUGGACGCGGCGCGCGACCACGACGUCUCGGUCCUGCUGCUGGCGACGACUGUCACGCUGAGCGCCAGCGUGGGGGUCACCGCUAUACCCACGCAGGGGAGCACGGUGCCCGACAAUGCUGUGGUCUGGGUUGUUGGGUGGGGUAGAACCACGACUGUACCGGGUCCAUCAUCCUCAAUCCUAAAUGAAGUGUGGGUUUACACGAUCAACACGACUAUCUGUGCGCAGCGCUACCGGAACCUGGAGCUUGUGAACAACUCCCCCUACCCGGUCACCAACAACAUGAUGUGCACCGGCAUACUCGACGUUGGAGGUCGCGACGCGUGCCAGGGCGACAGCGGCGGGCCGGUGGUGUACUCCGGGGUGGCGGUGGGCGUCACGUCGUGGGGCGAGGGCUGCGCGCACCCCUUCUACCCCGGCGUCAACGCCAGGGUGGCGGCCUACACCAACUGGAUCAACAGUACCGUGACUCGCUACAACGGGGCGCCAUCUCUCGGACAAACUAGUGUCGUGCUACUUGUCUUGUCGUUCUUCAUCUCGACGCUGCUCAGCAAGUUAUAAUGGAUAUUGCUCCUAGACUGAUUACAUUUUAGGUAAUUGCACCUUAGGAAUAACAUGACAUAUAUUGUAAGAUUUUUUUUGUAAAUAUAUUGUUUUGUAUUUAAAGAUA